ACUCUGCCUCUCCUUGUCCCCACAGAGCUCAGGGCAAUUGUGACCCUGAGGCGCCAGUGACCGAGGGCACACGCUGCUGCCGCCAAGAGAUGUACAUUGACCUGCAGGGGAUGAAGUGGGCUGAGAACUGGGUCCUGGAGCCGCCGGGCUUCCUGGCCUACGAGUGUGUGGGCACCUGCCAGCAGCCCCCGGAGCCUCUGGCCUUCAAGUGGCCGUUUCUGGGGCCGCGGCAGUGCAUCGCCUCGGAGACGACCUCGCUGCCCAUGAUUGUCAGCAUCAAGGAGGGGGGUCGGCCCCGGGCCCAGGUGGUCAGCCUGCCCAACAUGAGGGUGCAGAAGUGCAGCUGUGCCUCGGACGGAGCGCUCGUGCCGAGGAAGCUGGAGCCGUAGGCG